GGAGACUUUGGCCUCCUCCGUCGCCCGCGCUCCCACCGUCGCCGGCAGCCUGCCUUUGGUCCGCGGUUGCGGGCCAGGCUUCUCAGGCUCGAGGGGUUGGAGGACCACUGAUUGGAAGGGGCCUGCUAGAGUGAACGGGAUUUUGCUUCUUUAUCAGUUUCAGGGGAGGGUAUGUUGGAGUCGGAAAAAAAAAAAAGUUUUCCGGGGCCACCGGCCGCUUUUCGUACACGCUAAAAAGCGUUUUCACUUAGCACAAGCACGGAUCUCUGCGCGUCAGGGCAAGCCGUGAGAGAGCCGGUGACGCUUAUGAUCGACAGGAUGAGAGGAGGACCUGAAUGAGGCUACAGCGGUGCAGGGAAGAAUUAAGUCUGUUUCCUAACACCAGGGCUUCACAUGUGCCAGAAGUUAGAAGAUAUUAGGGACGUGCCGUGAGUUUCGAUCUUCUCAGCUCAGGUCCUAGUAGAAUAAGGAAGGUGUAAAGCUGGAGAGGGGAAAGUGCAGAGGUGUUAGGGACAAAAACUCAGCCCUCGACUGUCCGUAAGGAGAGUGGCCUUUCAGUGGACAUGGUCCUCAUCAGUCGGGAAUGCUGCUGAAAGGGAGAUGCAAAUGUAGAGAACUUGGAUUCCUACAGAUGAGCAUUUCGAACCCACAACAUGUUUAUUGUUAGAUGUUAGUUGGCACAACAUGAAUAUACGCUUUCCAAAAGGUAGAAAAGAUCUCCUUUACACAUUCGUUCAGUAAGGCUUCAUUGAGCACCUGCUUGGGACAUAGUCCGUUUCCUUCUGCUUGGAUCACACCUGUCAUGUCUUCCUGUGAUGAGCAAACACUUGUCAAGUGUCAAGCACCACACGUGGGGAUACAGAUGCAAAGGAGGGCCCAGUUAAUUGCUCUCGCCCUUAUGGAGAGAAUUACAGUGCACAGUGGGAAGUAUUGGAGAGAUACUUUGGAAUAAUAGGAGACCAUUACUUUGAAGUCAGACCUGAAGUCCGUUAUCUACUUGACCACUUAGUAGGACAACAACCUCACUGAACCCGUUUUCUCAUAUGGAAAUAAGAUAAAACUUGAAGAGUAAAGAUCGCGUGGAGCUGGGCAAGAAGUAGGAAGAUCAUGUAUUAUUCUCGAGUUCAAAGGAAGAAAAAUAAUGCUGGACUGUGGGAUCCACCCUGGCCUAGAAGGAAUGGAUGCUCUUCCUUAUAUUGAUUUAAUUGAUCCAGCUGAGAUUGAUCUCCUAUUAAUUAGUCAUUUCCAUUUGGAUCACUGUGGAGCUCUGCCCUGGUUUCUACAGAAGACAAGUUUCAAAGGAAGAACAUUUAUGACUCAUGCCACAAAAGCUAUUUAUAGAUGGCUUCUUUCCGAUUAUGUCAAAGUUAGUAACAUAUCAGCGGACGACAUGUUGUAUACCGAGACGGAUUUGGAAGAAAGCAUGGACAAAAUUGAAACUAUCAACUUUCAUGAAGUUAAGGAAGUUGCAGGAAUCAAGUUUUGGUGUUACCAUGCGGGGCACGUCCUAGGAGCCGCCAUGUUCAUGAUUGAGAUCGCAGGCGUGAAGCUUUUGUACACAGGUGAUUUCUCAAGACAAGAAGAUAGACACUUAAUGGCAGCUGAAAUUCCUAACAUUAAGCCUGAUAUUCUUAUCAUUGAAUCUACUUAUGGGACCCACAUCCAUGAGAAACGUGAAGAGCGAGAGGCAAGAUUCUGUAACACUGUCCACGACAUUGUAAACAGAGGAGGCAGGGGUCUCAUUCCUGUCUUCGCUCUUGGAAGGGCUCAGGAGCUGCUCUUGAUUCUGGAUGAGUACUGGCAGAAUCACCCAGAACUACAUGACAUUCCAAUAUACUAUGCAUCAUCUUUGGCCAAGAAGUGUAUGGCAGUGUACCAGACAUAUGUAAAUGCCAUGAAUGACAAAAUCCGCAAACAGAUCAACAUCAAUAAUCCCUUUGUUUUCAAACACAUUAGUAACCUCAAGAGCAUGGAUCAUUUUGAUGACAUUGGUCCCAGUGUUGUCAUGGCCUCCCCAGGCAUGAUGCAAAGUGGCUUAUCCAGAGAGUUAUUUGAAAGCUGGUGUACUGAUAAGAGGAACGGUGUCAUUAUAGCAGGAUACUGUGUGGAAGGGACACUUGCCAAGCACAUCAUGUCUGAACCUGAAGAAAUCACUACUAUGUCUGGACAGAAGUUACCACUGAAAAUGUCUGUUGAUUACAUUUCUUUCUCAGCUCACACGGAUUACCAGCAAACCAGUGAAUUUAUUCGUGCUUUGAAACCGCCUCAUGUGAUUUUAGUCCAUGGAGAACAGAACGAAAUGGCCAGAUUGAAAGCAGCACUGAUUCGAGAAUAUGAAGAUAAUGAUGAAGUUCACAUAGAGGUUCAUAAUCCUCGGAAUACAGAAGCAGUGACUUUAAACUUCAGAGGAGAAAAACUAGCCAAGGUUAUGGGAUUUUUAGCAGACAAAAAACCAGAACAAGGCCAGCGGGUCUCAGGAAUACUUGUUAAAAGAAACUUUAAUUAUCACAUACUUUCUCCUUGCGACCUGUCCAAUUAUACUGACUUGGCAAUGAGCACUGUAAAGCAGACCCAAGCCAUUCCAUAUACUGGUCCCUUUAAUUUGCUCUAUUACCAGCUGCAGAAGUUGACAGGUGAUGUGGAAGAAUUAGAAAUUCAAGAAAAACCUGCUCUGAAAGUAUUCAAAAAUAUUACUGUAAUACAAGAACCAGGCAUGGUGGUAUUAGAAUGGCUGGCAAAUCCUUCUAAUGAUAUGUAUGCAGAUACAGUAACAACUGUGAUAUUGGAAGUUCAGUCAAAUCCCAAAAUAAGAAAAGGUGCAGUACAGAAGGUUUCUAAAAAAUUAGAAAUGCACGUUUAUAGCAAGAGGUUGGAGAUCAUGCUUCAGGACAUAUUUGGAGAAGACUGUGUGAGUGUAAAGGACGACUCUAUUCUUAGUGUCACAGUGGAUGGGAAAACUGCCAACCUUAACUUGGAGACACGGACUGUAGAAUGUGAAGAGGGAAGCGAAGAUGAUGAAUCCCUCCGAGAAAUGGUGGAGCUGGCUGCACAGAGACUGUACGAGGCCCUGACGCCGGUUCACUGACUGUUCCUGUAUAUGAACUUUUAAAAAAUACUUGACUGUACUUCUGGUACCUAAAAUAAAAUGCAUUCGUUUCUCUGGGGGA